UCUUUCCAAGGAUGUGUGACCGGAAUGGUGGGCGGCGGCUCCGGCAGUGGCUGAUCGAGCAGAUUGACAGCGGCAUGUACCCAGGGCUGAUAUGGGAAAAUGAAGAGAAGACUGUGUUCCGUAUCCCUUGGAAGCAUGCCGGCAAGCAGGACUACAACCAGGAAGUGGAUGCUUCCAUCUUCAAGGCCUGGGCAGUUUUUAAAGGGAAGUUUAAAGAGGGGGACAAAGCUGAGCCAGCCACGUGGAAGACGAGGUUACGCUGUGCUUUGAACAAGAGCCCAGAUUUUGAGGAAGUGACUGACCGAUCCCAGCUGGACAUUUCCGAGCCGUAUAAAGUUUACCGAAUUGUCCCCGAGGAAGAGCAAAAAUGCAAGCUGGGCGUGGCACCUGCAGGCUGCAUGAGUGAUAUCACGGAGAUGGAGUGCGGACGCUCAGAGAUGGAUGAGCUGGUCAAGGAGCCUUCUGUGGACGAAUACAUGGGCAUGACCAAAAGGAGCCCGUCUCCCCCAGAGGCCUGCAGGACCCAGAUCCACCCUGACUGGUGGGUCCAGCAGCCCAGUGCGGGCCUGCCACUGGUGACCGGGUAUGCUGCCUAUGACACACAUCAUUCAGCCUUCUCCCAGAUGGUGAUCAGCUUCUACUACGGGGGCAAGCUGGUGGGUCAGGCCACCACCACCUGCCCCGAGGGCUGCCGUCUGUCCCUGAGCCAACCAGGGCUGCCCAAGCUGUACGGCCCCGAUGGGUUGGAGCCGGUGUGCUUCCCGACGGCUGACACCAUCCCCAGUGAGCGACAGAGGCAGGUGACCCGGAAGCUGUUUGGGCACCUGGAGCGUGGCGUGCUCCUGCACAGCAACCGCAAGGGCGUGUUCGUGAAGCGGCUGUGCCAGGGCCGCGUGUUCUGCAGCGGCAACGCGGUGGUGUGCAAGGGUAGGCCCAACAAGCUGGAGCGCGACGAGGUGGUGCAGGUCUUCGACACCAACCAGUUCUUCCGAGAACUGCAGCAAUUCUACGCCACUCAGAGUCGCCUUCCUGACAGCAGGGUGGUGCUGUGCUUCGGUGAGGAGUUUCCGGACACAGCGCCCUUACGCUCCAAACUCAUUCUGGUGCAGGUGGAGCAACUGUAUGCCAGACAGCUGGUGGAGGAAGCAGGUAAGAGCUGUGGUGCUGGUUCCCUGAUGCCAGCCCUGGAGGAGCCCCAGCCAGACCAGGCCUUCCGGAUGUUCCCGGAUAUCUGUACAUCACACCAGAGACCCUUCUUCAGAGAAAACCAGCAGAUCACUGUCUAAGCCUCUCUCUCUCUCCCGGCACCCCACCUUGCCUGGGGCUCAAGCUUCGUGAUUCUGUGACUUAGGGAAUUCUGAAAGGAUGUGGACCCCACUGACGAGGGUGGG